CCUCACAGGGACAACCGCCCUGCCGGCUGCACACACCCUGGCUGCGCUCCUUCCUCCCCCAGCUAGGCGGCACCACGGCAGGGGCUAAGCCACCCCCAUGGAGGGGAGAGGACCAUACCGGAUCUACGACCCUGGGGGCAGUGUGCCUCCGCCUCCCGGAGAGGCCUCCACAGCUUUUGAGCGCCUAGUGGAGGAGAAUUCCCGGCUGAAGGAAAAAAUGCAAGGGAUAAAGAUGUUAGGGGAGCUUCUGGAGGAGUCCCAGAUGGAAGCAUCCAGGCUCCGGCAGAAGGCGGAGGAGCUGGUCAAGGACAGUGAGAUGCUCCCGCCGCCUUCUUCCUCCUUGGCCUCGUUUGACCACCUUGCUGAGCUCACAGGAACGAGCACGCGUGUGCCGACACCUUCCGCGGAUCCCGCAGACCCCAGGGACAAGCCAGAGGCAGUCCUCAAAACUCCAUCCAGUGGCACCUCCUCUGAAUUUGAAGUGGUCCCUGCCCCAGCCGAGGAGCAGAAGUCACCGCCGCAGAGUGGAGGCAGCAGCAGGAGCGCGAUGCAGGAGCUGGGCCCCCUGCCGCACGAGGACAGCAACCUGAUGCUGCACCUGCAGCGGCUGGAGACCACCCUGAGCGUGUGCGCUGAGGAGCCCGACCACAGCCAGCUCUUCACCCACCUGGGCCGCAUGGCCCUCGAGUUCAACCGGCUGGCCUCCAAGGUGCAUAAGAAUGAGCAGCGGACCUCCAUCCUGCAGACCCUGUGUGAGCAGCUUCGGAAGGAGAAUGAGGUCCUGAAGGCCAAGCUGGACAAGGGCCUGGAACAAAGGGAUCAGGCUGCCGAGAGGCUUCGGGAGGAAAAUAUGGAGCUCAAGAAGUUGUUGAUGAGUAGCAGCAAUAAAGGGGGGACCUCAGGACAGCAGGACUCCCCAAAGGUGGAAGGCAUGGGGAAGAAGGUGAUGGCCGGCCAGCAGCAGGCGAGCGUAUCAGCAGGCAAGGUGCCGGAGUUGGGCGGGCUGGGUACAGCUGAGAAGAAGGUGAAGAUGCUGGAGCAGCAGCGCACUGAGCUGCUUGAAGUGAACAAGCAGUGGGACCAGCAUUUCCGGUCCAUGAAGCAGCAGUAUGAGCAGAAGAUCACUGAGCUGCGCCAGAAGCUGGCCGACCUGCAGAAGCAGGUGACCGACCUGGAGGCUGAGCGGGAGCAGAAGCAGCGCGACUUUGACCGCAAGCUCCUUCUGGCCAAGUCCAAGAUCGAUAUGGAGGAGGCAAGUACGCCUGCCGGUCCUCCAUCCAUCACCCACUCACAGGGCACUCGGUGGAGUGAACAGGCCCCGACGGGGACGUGGGAGGCCUGGGGUUCUAGCUCCAGGGCGGAAGGGUGGGGUGACCAAAGGCUUCUCAUCUCGCCAACUGUGAACAAUGUGCCCGCUUGUGACGUGGCAUUUGUUGUGGCAGCCCUGGUCCCUGAGGCAGCCCUAGAGGAAGCACUGAGCAUCCAGACCUCUCCGUCAUCCCCAGCCACAGCGUUUGGGAGCCCAGAAGGAGUGGGGGGCCUCCUGAGGAAGCAGGAGCUGGUCACCCAGAAUGAGUUGCUGAAGCAACAGGUGAAGAUCUUUGAGGAGGAUUUCCAGCGGGAGCGCAGUGACCGAGAGCGCAUGAAUGAGGAGAAGGAAGAGCUGAAGAGGCAGGUGGAGAAACUGCAAGCCCAGGUCGCCCUGUUGAAUGCCCAGGUAAAGGCUUUCAAAGAUGAGGAGAAGGUGAAAGAAGCCCUCAAACAGCAGAAGAGAAAAGCGAAGUCCUCGGGAGAUCGCUACCACGUGGAACCCCACCCGGAGCACCUCUGUGGGGCCUACCCAUACGCCUACCCCCCCAUGCCAGCCAUGGUGCCGCACCACGCCUACGAAGACUGGUCCCAGAUCCGCUACCCUCCGCCCCCCCUAGCCAUGGACCACCCACCCCCCCAUCCCAAUUCACGCUUCUUCCACAUGAGCUGCUGUCGCUGGCCUCUUGCUCUGCAGCCUGUCUGCCACAGCCCUGGCACAGCCAUUGCCCAGCCCUCACCUGGCGAACCGGAAUACACCUGGCGUCCGCUGCAUGGAGGCAUACGGAAUCAGAGCUCCCAAGUAACGGACCCGCCAGCAGCCAGGCCUGUGGAGCCAGAGCCCUCAAAAAUGGACCGCGAAGGCCCGCAGUGAAGCAAGAGCAUGUCAAAAACUGGCUGACCUCGGAUUGAUGCAAACCUAGAGGCCACGCACCCCAUGGGACCAGAGCCUUGCUGGACAGGCCGCCGGUGGGAGUCAUCUCCAGCCUGAACAGCUGACAGAUUCGGGAGACUCUGGGUCCCUGCGUUCAGAACCACAAUGGGAAGAACUUCCUCUCCAGGCUCCACGUGGAAAGAGGGGGCCUCGAUCCUUUACUCUGGGAGCCGAUCUCAAGAGAGGGGGGCAGCCAAGACACCCAUCUUUUCAAAACUCCCCCCAAGUGCUUCCAGCCCCUCCAGGUGCACAUCCAGGUUUAGAGUUAACUUUUUGCUUGAGUUCUACAGCAGGCCGGUGCCCUGCGCCCAGCCCCUUCCCUCCCCUCCCCUCCAGGAGGAACUGUGGGAAGAGGGCCCCUCUGGGAGCCUAGAAUAACAGGCUGCCCCAGGAAGGGGGCAUCCCUCUCCACCUCUGCCCAGUCAUCCCCAUCAGUGCUGCCCAGGCCACAGCGGAAGGCGCGUGAUGCCUGGGGCCCAGACAGGGGUGGCUCUCUGCCCCUGGCAGCUGUUUGCACGAUGUUCUUGAACAGAAUACAGGUUGAAGACAAA